GUUGACGCGAAUUUCUGCCAAUACCCAACAUUCGCGUCAAUAUGUCUCUGCAGGCGUUUGUCUCGGACAAAAUCAUGUCCCUUCUAGGGAUGUCUGAGCCGUCCGUUGCUGAGUACAUCAUUGCAGAAGCCUCUAGUUCGUCCGAUGCUUCUUCAUUGUACAAAAAACUUGUCGAUUUUGGAAUGUCAGGUUCGGAUGUUGCCGUUUCUAAUUUCGCGAAGGAAUUGUUUCACAGAGUGCCUCACAAAACUUCGAACCGUUCGGCGGACGAUUACAAAGCACGGAAAAAAAGGGAACGCGACUUAAGACAAGCACAAAUGCUAAACUCCUCCUAUAAAUUAUUAGAAGAAGAGCCUGACGAAGUGAGUACACAUCUUACUAAGCGGAUUAAGAAACGUCGCCCGGAGGAAUCUUCAAACGCACGAAAUCGUGUUCGUCGAAACAGAGACGGGCGAGAAUGGGAAAGUGAUGAUGAGGAAUACGAAGAAACUGCUUCCUCACAUAGUCAUACAAGGGAGCAUGAUGACCGUGCUGGCUCGGAACGCUCUCGUUCCCAAUUCACCAGAGCGUCGCUCGACGAAAUUGAUGAAGGUGAUGGAGAGCGUGAUGUGCAAGAACGCGCAGACUUCGAAGAGCGGUUACGGAAACGCGACGUUGAACGAGAAGCACAAAAGUUUGUGGAGGAUCAUUCAAGCAAAUUAAGUGCCGAACAACAGUCUCUGAAAAAAAUUGUUGACGACCCUGAUGCUUUGAGAGAAGCAAUACCAGAACUUCGAAAAGUUUCACGACGUAACUAUCUCAAGCUGCGUGAGCAACAGCGUCUUGAAAUUCUUCGUAGAGAAAUUCAGGAUGAAGAGAAACUUUUUGCUGGCGAGCGACUGACGAAGCGCGAAAUACAAGAAUUGGAACGCAAGAAGGAGUUGCUUCGACUGGCGGAAGAACGUAUGAAGCUUAGUGCGUCAACGGACGAGUAUCAAAUGCCCGAAGAUUACUUCACGGAAAAAGGAAAGCUUGAUCUCAAACGGAAAGAAGCCGUAUUGUAUCAACGAUAUCAGGAACGUGAGGACAAUGAAAAGGCAUAUCAGUCUGGGAAGAAUGAGACCGAAUUAGAUGAGUGGGAGCGGUACCAAAUUAACAAGGGUGUUCUUCCUGGUACUUCUACUGAGCCCGCAGUUGCUUCAGAGGAAUAUGAUUUUGUCUUUGACGAGUCGCAACAAAUCGAUUUCAUGUUGGAUGAACGUUUGCCGCCAGAAGGACAGCAAGUCUCGCCUGAAGAGUUGGCUCGAAAGAUGCAAGAAGCUCAACGACAGACUCUUCAGGAGACACGCAAGUCGUUGCCUAUUUACCAGCACCGUGAUGGCUUACUGCAAGCAAUAGAAGAGUAUCAAGUCCUUAUUGUCGUGGCUGAAACGGGAUCAGGAAAAACAACUCAGCUUCCUCAAUAUCUUCACGAAGCUGGUUAUACGAAUGGAGGGAAAAAAAUAUGCUGUACACAACCUCGUCGUGUGGCCGCGAUGUCAGUUGCUGCACGAGUUGCAAAGGAGAUGAAUGUGCGUCUUGGUCAAGAAGUUGGUUAUACUAUUCGUUUCGAGAAUAAUACGUCUGAAAAGACUUGUAUUAAAUACCUUACGGAUGGUAUGCUGCUACGUGAGUUUCUUACUGAGCCAGACUUGGAAAGUUAUUCGGUGAUUAUUAUUGAUGAAGCACACGAACGGACACUCCAUACAGACAUAUUGUUUGGAUUAGUAAAGGACAUUGCGCGUUUUCGACCAGACCUCAAAUUACUGAUUUCAAGUGCAACCAUUGACGCUGAAAAGUUCUCGACUUACUUUGACAACGCGCCUAUUUAUAAUGUUCCUGGUCGCAGAUAUCCCGUGAGUAUAUACUAUACCCCUCAGCCUGAAGCAAAUUACAUUCAGGCAGCCAUUACCACUGUCUUACAAAUCCACACUACGCAAGAAAGUGGUGAUAUACUGGUUUUUCUCACUGGUCAAGAUGAAAUUGAGUUAAUGUCGGAAAACCUCCAAGAACUUUGUCGCGUUCUUGGGAAAAAAAUAAAGGAAAUGAUUAUAUGCCCUAUUUACGCUAAUUUGCCUUCAGAGCUUCAAUCUAAAAUUUUUGAACCUACCCCUCCCGGUGCGAGGAAAGUUGUAUUGGCGACAAAUAUCGCCGAGACUUCUAUCACUAUUGACGGCGUGAGUUUUGUUAUUGAUCCCGGUUUCGUGAAAGAAGAUGUUUAUAAUCCGCGGACGGGCAUGCAAAGUUUGGUGACUGUUCCAUGCUCCAGGGCUUCGGCCGAUCAGCGCGCUGGUCGUGCAGGUCGUGUUGGCCCUGGUAAGUGUUUCCGUUUGUAUACACGGUGGACAUAUAAUAAUGAGCUUGAGGCUUCAACUUCGCCCGAAAUUCAGCGGACAAAUCUGACGAGUAUCGUUUUGCUUCUCAAGUCCUUGGGUAUCAAUAAUCUGCUUGAGUUUGAUUUUAUGGAUGCUCCACCCCCCGAAACACUUAUGCGGUCUCUUGAGUUGCUGUAUGCAUUGGGUGCCUUGAACAGUAAAGGUGAGUUAACAAAACUCGGCCGUCAAAUAGCUGAAUUCCCAGCCGAUCCAAUGCUUUCCAAAUCACUCAUCGCAGCUUCCAUGUAUGGUUGUGUAGAAGAGGUACUUUCUGUCGUUGCCAUGCUUGGGGAAUCAUCAUCAUUAUUUUACAGACCACGCGAUAAAGUUAUGGAAGCAGACAAGUGUCGGGCCAAUUUCACGCAGCCGCUUGGUGACCAUUUCACGCUAUUGCAUAUAUGGAACGAAUGGGUGGAUACCGAUUUCUCCUACUCCUGGGCACGAGAAAACUUUUUGCAGUAUCGAAGUCUCUGCCGUGCCCGCGAUGUCCGUGAUCAACUUGCUAGUUUGUGUGAUCGUGUCGAAAUUGAGAUUGUUGGCAAUGGCCUGGACUCGUUUGAACCUAUUCAAAAAGCACUAUUAGCAGGUUACUUCUGCAACGCUGCCCGACUGGAGCGUACGGGUGACUCAUAUCGAACUAUUAAAACCGGACAAACUGUAUUCAUCCAUCCAAGCUCGACUAUGUUGGAAAAGCGACCAAAGUUUAUUAUCUAUUAUGAACUGGUUCUCACAAGUAAGGAGUACUGUCGACAGGUUAUGGAAAUACAACCGGAAUGGCUUUUGGAAAUUAGUCCCCAUUACUUCAAGCCCGAAAACAUUCAGGACAGCCGUAAAGGCAUGCCGAGAAAGAAAUAAAACUUGUCUCUACUCAGAAUUGGAGACUUUCUCGUUGUACGAACAAUCAUUUUUUACACACACGGGAAAUAAAAAAGAUACGUCUUGCCAAUCGAGGCAGACUUGAGGAACUUUUGUCAGUGUUAUUUUGGGUUUUAUGAUUAUGUUAAUUGAUACUUUUUUAUAACAAACGUUUGCAAAGAAAGGGCUAUUUUGGAAGAAUAGUCUGGUUUGAAGGUUGAUAUACUUUCGUUUAAUAAUACGACAGUCGGGUUUUUUUUUCUAAAUUAUUUUCUAUCUCCUUGUAAAAAAUUUUACGCUUUUUGAAUUAGUCACAACAAAAAACCAGGAUUGGGUUA